UCUGUCCGCUGCUCCUUGCUCCUGUGACUGCGAAUGAAAGAGGUUGUUGACCUUUUUGAGUUUUGAGAGCGCACUUGCGCAGAAGACGCUCCCCGACACCGAAUAUCACGUAAUAUGCUCUUUGUUUUUUUAGUACAAAGAGCGUAUAUUUAUCAUCGACAUAAAAUGAUAAUUUUAUUUAAUUUUGAGAUCAGAAUUUGAAAGCAACCUCUGGCUCAGUCUAGGGUGGGUGAUUAUUCUCCAUUAUCAUUCACCAAUACUCACCCUGAGCUAGUAUUGUGUAUUGAAUUCUCAUACAAGUAAAGAAGAAGAAGAAGACAAGCUCUCUCUCUCUCUCUCUCCCCCUGUCUUUGUAACUCUGUAGGUUUUGGUGAGAUGGGUUCGGGCAGCAGUCGGCUGGGCUCCAGCCAUUCACGACCGCGGGACAACUGCGGGGAGAGGAGAAGACUAUCGUCAUUCAUUUGCGGUGGCUUCUCUUCUGCUGCUUCGGCUGAGAUCGGAGAUUAUCCAGCCGAAUUACUCACUAAUUCUCAAGGAGGUCAUGGUCCUGUUUCUAGCAGUGAACUUCAAUGCUCAAGAAUGAAAUUUUCUUCAAUCAUUCAUGCAGUAACUGAGUGUUCCAGCUCCAAGACUGAAGAUGGGACAUCUGGAAUGUCAUCUGAAAGCAGUAAUGGUCCCAGUAAGGACUUCUGUAUGGAACAUGCUUCAAGAAGCAUUGGAGCUAGUAAUAAUGUUAAAAACUUUACCAAGAGCAAGGAGUCGGUUCCUUGUCAGGUUAAAGCCGAUAGUAAUCCCAUAGAUGUGGCUAGCACCUCAUUUAAAGGGCAGCAAUCUGUGGAUUUAGUCUCCGUAAAUGUAGGGAAUAGUUUAGAUGCGAUUGUGGAGGUUGAUGAUUCUAAAGAUGAGAUUGAAUCUUGUAUAUGCACGGAGAGGACAUGUUCAAGUAGUACCGCUCAUCAGGAAUUUGGAGAUUCAUCUGCAGAUGUUACACCAUCUGUUGGAAAUUCUACAGGCGAAGUUCUGGGUGUCCAUGAUUCUGAUGCAGAUUCUGUUCAUGUUGUUUCUGAUUCACCAGUUGCCUUGCAAUCACUAGGAGACGAUAGUCCUCAUGAGGCAGCACUGCUAGGUCUGGGAUUCCCACUGCCAGAUAGGCACCAACAAAGAACUGGAAGUGUUCUUCAUGUUGAUAUGGUGAGUAUCUCUUCCAACUUCUUAUCUAGUAGCUCCGGGGAUAUAAAUAACCGUGAUGCAAGAAGAAACAAUAGGAGGCUGUUUUGGGAUGCAUUUUCCAGACAAAGUUCUAGAAGGCAUAUUGAUUCCCCAACCAUAGUUUUCUCAACCGAAGAUGCUGACGAUCUGGGAUCUCCCAACAGAUGGCUACUUGACUUUAGUGGUGAUCUCUUUGAGGAUGGGUUUGGAGGUGAUUUGGGAUACCUGGGCAGAAGCCAUGGAAUUUAUCAACACAGAUGGAAUUCAGGACCUGAGAUCUGGGAAAGACAUCGUGGUGAUCUUGAUGAGAGUGGUCGACGAACAACCUUUUGUGCAUCUGGGCUCCACCCUGAUGGUACAUGCUCAUGUGGGAGUUUCCUGGUCACUGAAGAGUCUGGUACUCGUGCAAGUAUUUCUCGAAUAGUCAUGCUAGCUGAAGCCCUAUUUGAGGUCUUGGAUGAAAUUCAUCGCCAGCCUGUUCCACUUUCACUAUCAAUGGUUUCAGUCCCAGCCCCCGAGUCUGUUGUCAACUCCUUUCCUCUUAAGAAUCACAAAAAGGCUAACACAGCUGAAAAUGGAGCCGAUGUGGAACAGUGCUACAUUUGUCUGGCUGAAUACGAGGAAGGGGAUAAAAUAAGAGUUCUACCCUGCCAUCAUGAAUAUCAUAUGCAAUGCAUAGAUAAAUGGCUCAAAGAAAUUCACAGUGUGUGUCCUCUCUGCCGAGGAGACGUUUGUGAGGGGGUCACUGAGGGAUUUGCUUCAAACUCACAAGUCUCUUUUCUUUGAAGACAAAUUGUACAUAUAUACAUGUUAAUAGUGUAUCUUUGCUCUUAAAAGUUUUGAGUGCCCCUUUCUUAAAGAAAUUGCAGUAAUAACAUCUGCAUUUUUAUUUUAGCAGUAGCCAUGUCUUGUAGCAUCUUUAUCUUUACCAAGAGAUAAAAGCCAAAGAAUACUGUAGCAUCUUUACUGUCAUAUCAUCAGCCCUGUAAAUUUUGGUUGUUUUUGGUACAAUUGUUGUUUCUACCUGAAACGUUUUAGGUUGAUAAAUGAAAUGUGUUAUUGCAUCACAUUUUGAGAGCUA